AUGAGCCCGCGGUCGCCACUCUCAGACGGCGAAGUCAGCAGCGAGGACGGGGAGAAGGUUACAAAGAGCACAUCACUACGCCAGACUACGGAUAUUAAUUCGUCCGCCAGACAUGUUCGCGACCACGCGAAGUCUUCAUCUCGGCCCACGCGACUCACCGGCCGUGAGGCUUUGAUGAACGAUAGGAACGCACACUUCAACGGAUAUGGCCAAGACCGAGACCGCUCCAGGUCGCCUUUCCGCAGAGACCGCUCCGGCUCGAGAUCACCUUUCCGCGCAGACCGGGAUGGAGGCGCGGGCAAAGACAAGAGACGGCGGCAGGACGACCACUACGGCAAGAACGCAUCGGACACGCGGCGGCAUAAGACCCACGAUGAGAAGCAAGCACGUGGACACGGGUACCGCGACAUAGAUCGUCCAUCACAGCCCAAUGCAGGUCCUCCAUACAAUGACCGCCGCGGCCGCGAUAGGCCCAACAACCGCGACUCAUACAGCGAGCGCGAUCGAAGCCGAUCUCCUUUCCGUGCGACUGCAGCCGGCACACAGGCGCGACCACCAAGUAAGCAUGAGCUCUCCAGACCAGACUCCCAGCACAGCGAACGUGGAAACACGCUCACUGCGCAACGCGGGUCACUACAUGAAACACAGAAUGGGAACAAUGAUGCUAAGGCAAAGUCAUCGCAAUCAGGCAGACAGGCUACAGUGACUGAAGAAGACAAGGCAAGUGAGCAAGUCGAGGAGCCCGCUGAGCCAGAGAAGCAGCUGUCAGAAGCAGAGCUCAUAGAGCAGCGCCGCAAGAAGCGCGAAGCUAUCAAGAAGAAGUACGCGGCAUCAUCAGGGAACGAUUCACUCCGUCGAGCAACGCUAGAGUCCAAUCUACCUUCUGCUGCUGCUACGCCUUAUCACGACAGCACGAAUCGCUCAGAGCCGCAAUCGCCUGUAUCGCCCAACUCACCUGGCACUCCCAAAGACAGCUCAUCAGCGCCUGGCUCGCCUGCUCAGUUCGAAGCUUUGAGUGACGCGGACCUCGUCAACCCACUACAGGUUAGUGCGAACAACGAUGACCAAGGUCAGUCUGCUGCAGACUACGAUCCCGAUAUGGACAUGAAUGAGGACCGACCCCAGUUCAAGCGUCAGGAUAUACAGGAUGCAGAACAGCAAGGAGAAGCCAACAAGGAGCCAGCUUCAAUGCAGCUACCGAAGAAGCCUGCCGACGAGUUCGACAUGUUCGCGGAAGACGAUGACGAUGACAUGUUUGCUCCCGCCGAUAAGCCUGCCAAGAAGGCCGAUGCCAAAGAGGCUCGUACGCUGGAUGAGGGUAUGCUGGACAACUGGGACUAUCCUGAUGGACACUACCGUAUCAUCAAUGGUGAACUUCUCGACAAUCGCUAUGCCGUCGAGCAACAAGUCGGCAAAGGUACCUUCGCUACCGUGGUGCGAGCUCGAGAUUCUCAGACUGGCAGUAAAGUCGCGAUAAAGAUUGCGUGCAGGAACGAUACUAUGCUCAAGGCAGGGCAGAAAGAGAUGCAGUUCUUAGAGCGUCUCAAUGAGAAGGACCCGGAAGACAAGAGGUACAUCAUCCGAUUGUUGGGCAACUUCACACACAAAGGACAUCUCUGUCUCGUCUUCGAAGGACUCCACAUGGAUCUUCGAGACGUUCUGAAGAAGUUCGGGCGCGAUGUUGGCAUCAACCUGGAUGCUGUGAAGAUCUACGCAUAUCAGAUGUUCCAGGCUUUGUUGCACAUGAAGCAUGCUGAGGUGCUGCAUGCAGACUUGAAACCAGACAACAUUCUCGUCAACGAGAAGCGGACACUGAUCAAGAUCUGCGAUUUCGGCACUGCUACGCUGCAGCAGGAUGCUGAACUCACACCGUACCUUGUUUCACGAUUCUAUCGUGCGCCAGAGGUGAUCUUGGGCAUGAAUUUCGACUACGCCAUCGACAUGUGGGCCAUUGGAUGCACACUGUUCGAGCUUUACGCAGGCCGCAUUCUGUUCAACGGCUCAGACAACAACGGCAUGCUACGCGUUAUUCAAGAAUGUCGAGGUAAGCUUCCGAAUCGGCUCAUCAAGCGUGCGAUGCUGGCAGACAAGUACUUCGACGAGCAAUUCACCUUCUAUGGACUCGAGCGUGACAAGAUGACUGGCAACGUGGUCCAGAAGCCGAUGCACUUCGCGCAAGGAUUGGCGAAGCGAGAUCUCAAAUCAAGGUUGAGCGGCAACAUCAAUAAGAUGACUCCUGCCAUGCUCAAGGAGCACACUGCGUUUCUGGAUCUUCUGGACAAGUGCUUGCAGCUGGACCCGGAAAAGCGCAUCAAGCCGAAGGAUGCACUUCAUCAUCACUUCUUCGCAAGACCCUCUACGCAGGUGAAGCCGAAGGGCACGAUCUCCGCGACAACGCUGCGACCUGUGACUGUGCAGCACUCUGGAUAG